AUGGGCGUGUCAACUACGGCGUACCUAGUGAGGAAAGCAACGCAAAAGGAGAGGGUUCAGAUCCUUUAUAGCCAAGCUAUCAAAGGCACUCUCAAUUGGGCCGUACACUGUCACCUCUUCUAUCAAGAUGCCUCAAAACUUCGUGAGAAGUUCAACACCAACAAGCAUGUGGACGUAAUUGAUAGAAUGAUUGCAGAAGGUGAGCAGUAUAAUAAGUGGCGGCGCCUUGAUCCUUAUAUUGUUCUUUGGGCUCUUGGUGGUAGCAAGUUUACUCGAAACACUGCUCAACCUUUUUAAAUUGAGAUAUUGUAUGACUGUGAUGAGAAGAUAAUGAUUAAAUCUCCAUCCUUUUUCCAUAACAAUAAAUAAAGAUUGAGAUGAUCCAUCAUCCAUG